AUGAACAAAUUGAAAAAAUUUAUUUUUAUUAGAAACGGGAAGUUUUCAAACAGCCAAAUAAAAUUCUUGGCUUUUACGUCGUUUAGUAUGUUGGUUUUGAUGGUUACGGGGGAUGGAAUACAAACACCUAUGAGUUAUAUAAGAAAUGUUAAAAAAGAAAUACAAAACGAAAAAGAAGAAAAGAUGACAAUGGAAGAAAAACUAAUAAAGGAGUUGGGAUACACAACGUAUAAUGAAUGGAAAAAGGCAGGAAUAAUUCCAUCAGGGGAAAAUGACAACAAAUAA